CCUCUCCUCUUCAUCGCUCUCUUACUUCAGACAACCCAUCCUGCUCAUCCUCUUCGUCACACUGCCUAAAGUUACGAGUGGACCCUCUCCUGUACCCGCUCUGGGCACAACGUCAGCCACUCUAGAGCUGUGAGGCGCGUCAGCCUCCAGCUUAUCGAUUGAGCAGGAGGGAAACUUCUUCUUUGCUCUUGUCAGCGGACAAGGAACGGCCCACGCGAAUCAUCGAGCUAAAGCUCUCUCCUCAUCGUCCGACCUGUGCAUCCGCGUAGCACCAGCUCUCAAUAACCAUGUCCGACCUCAAUCCUCCGUACCGACCCCUCAACGUCAGAGAUGCGUUGUCGUAUCUGGAUCAAGUCAAGAUGCGCUUCGUCGAGCAACCUGAAGUUUACAAUCGCUUCCUUGACGUUAUGAAAGAGUUCAAAGGUCAAAUCAUUGACACACCCGGCGUCAUUGACCGAGUCUCUACCCUAUUCCGUGGCCAUCCUUCCCUCAUCCAGGGUUUCAACACCUUUCUUCCGCCCGGGUAUCGGAUAGAAUGCCUCAGCGGUGACGGAGAACAGGAUGGACUCAUCAGCGUGACUACUCCCAGCGGUACCGUCUCCCACGUGCCCGGCGGUUUCACCGCGGCAAUGGACAAAAUGUCGAACCGGGAUCGAGAGACGAGACCUGCCGCGAGGCCACCAGCUGAACCAGAAGCCAAGCGAUCAGCUCCUGCUGUGCCUGCACCCGCUCGAGCUCCGGAGGCAGCUUCAUUUGGACCCCCUACACUGCCACCUCUGCGAAGCGAAUUUAGCGAUGCUGGAAGACGCCGGACUGGACCCUCGCCUCCCAGCACCGCGGGACGAGGCGCCAAGGUGCAAUCUACAAACGGCACCACCAGCGUUGCGCCUGGCCCCUUGCCCAUGCCGACCGGUGCUCCUAUUGCUCCAUCGGGCCCCUCAACACCUUCAGCUGCUCAAUUCCUCGCUUCGGGGCUGGCUAGCAAUUCCAACCCAUCUCCAUCAAAUAGAGCCCCUGGUAAUGCUCCAAUCCUCGAAUUCAACCAUGCUAUUGCAUUCGUGAACAAGAUCAAAAUGAGAUUCAGCGAAGAUCAGGAUACGUACAAGCAGUUCUUGGAGAUCUUGCAGACGUAUCAGAGGGAUACGAAGGACAUUGCGGAGGUGUAUGAACAGGUCACUAAACUCUUCCAUCUCGCACCUGACCUCAUUGCCGAAUUCAAAAAAUUCUUGCCUGAAAAUGGGUCGAGCGCAUUCUCCGGCAUGGGCUUUGGCUCCUUUGUGCAAGCAGCAUCCAAUACGCCUCAAUCUGUAGACAAGGGUGGAGUAAAGCGUAGCGCUAAGGACGGGAAGGAGGUUGCGCCUGUCAAGAGACGUCGGGGACCAGCUGGAGAUGGCAAAGUGCCCAGGAAGAAGAACACGAAAGCGGACAGUCCAGACGGUGACGAUGGCGAGACUUCGCUUGCGCUUCCUCCUGGUGGCCCGCAGACGCUCGCUUCGCCCGAGGAAGUCGCCUUCUUCGAUAAAGUCAAGAAAUUUGUGGACGACAAGGUCACCUACCACGAAUUCCUCAAACUCAUCAACCUAUUCGUGCAAGACAUGAUCGAUGUGCCGACUCUGGUUGAUCGAGCCGAUUUCUUCAUUGGCAAUUCCGGCGACAUCUGGGUCGCAUUCAAGAAGAUGGUCGGUGCGGAUGAUCCGGCCUCAGUGACCACCAAUACAAUGGGUGCCCGCGGUGGAUACGGUUUCGGAGGGAUGAUAAAUGCGGAUUCGAAGCUUGUAGAGAAUAUUCCUAUGCUGGACCGUGUCAAGCCUGAUCUCAGCGGUCACAAGGUCAAGAGCUAUGGUCCAAGUUACAGGAAACUUCCAUCCUCCGAGGUCAAUCUUCAGUGUACGGGCCGGGACGCGAUGUGUUGGGAGGUAUUGAACGACGAAUGGGUCUCUCACCCUACUUGGGCUGCUGAGGACGCAGCACCGUUCAUGGCUCACAAGAAGAAUGCUUAUGAAGAGGCACUGCACAAAUCUGAGGAAGAAAGGCACGAAUACGAUUACCAUAUCGAAGCGAAUCUUCGUACGAUCUCCAUCUUGGAGCCGCUGAACAACAAGAUACAGACUAUGGAUCCAGAGGAGCGAGCCCAUUUCAACCUAAAAGCAGGUCUCGGUGGCCAGUCAAAGUCGAUCUACCAGAGAAUCAUCAAAAAGGUAUACGGUAAAGAGAUCGGACCUGAUGUCAUCCGGGCUCUGCACGACAACCCCGCUACCUCCUUGCCCAUCGUGCUGGAGCGUCUCAAGGCGAAGGACGAGGAAUGGAAAAAGGCUCAACGGGAGUGGAACCGCGUGUGGCGAGAGCAAGACGCGAAAAACUUUUACAAAGCCCUCGAUCACCAAGGAGUCGCCUUCAAAGCCAGCGAUAAGAAGGUCUUGUCUGCCAAGAGCUUGAUCAGCGAAAUCGAAGCUCGGAAGCGGGAGCAGAGCACCCUGCGAGCCACCGUACGAUCGAUGCCUUAUCGUGGCCGGCCACAGUUCAGCUUCCAUUUUACCGAUGUCGAGGUUCUCAAGGAUGUGGUCAAACUCGUCAUUUCCUACCUAGACCGAAUGAUGGGCACCCUCAAUACCCAAGACAAGGACCGCAUAGAAAAUCACCUUCGAGAUCUUGUUCCGCUCCUCUUCAUGUUCAACAAGGAGGAGUUUGAUGCCGAAUUUGGCGAUGCUGAACAUGGCACACCAGAUGAUGGCGAGGCCAGUGAUGACUCGGAUGGAGACGUGGCUAUGGCAGAGGAUGAUGAGGCAUCAAACCUUGCAACCGGAAAGCGAGGUAAAAAGGGAGGGUCCGCUGCGGAUCUCCGGAAACGAUUGCUCAAGUCUGUUGGCGAGAAAGAAGGUAGAGACAAGCGGGGAUCCACCAUGACGCCUGGACCUGAAGACGUCCCGAAUGGCGAGAAUGGCGAAGCAAGAUCUGUCGAAGGUACGCCCAUGACGGAGAACGGAGAACGGGAAGAGACGCCCAUCCCUGCGCCGGCCGACCCGGAGGCGGUAGCUGAGGCUGUGGAGAAGGACAAGGUCACUGCCGAUGCCUCUGAGCAGACUUGGGUCCAGAUCGACACUCCUGGCGACUCUAGACUACCCUCAGAGGAGCCUCUAUCAAAGAAGGAUGCCGAAAUCAAGGCCCGGGUCUCUAGAAAGGCAAACUUUUUCACCAACAGCCAUUAUUACGUGCUCCUGAGGCUCAUCGAGAUCAUGUACUCUCGUUUGAAGCGCUGCAAGGACCUGGCCGACCAACUUGCGAAGGAAAAGCAACAGCCCAUCAACCCUAUCGCCAUCAAGCUCGGCUUGGCCGACCCUGAAACGCAAAACUUUGGGAUCGAGGCUGGAGAGAAUCCCGCGCAAUACUAUUAUCAGAAUCUGCUGAGCUUGGCUGAAAAGCUCUUUGAGAACGAGUUGGAUGUCAAUACGUUUGAGGAGACUCUCCGGUUCAUGUUUGGUACAAAGGCAUACAUUCUGUUCACACUGGACCGGGUCGUGGCGGCGAUAGUCAAGCAGACUCAAACGAUCCUCGGAGACAUGAAGAGUCAGGAGCUGUUCGCCCUGCUUCAGAGAGAUCGGGCUGCCGAUAAGACGACUGUCCGACAGCAAAUUGCCUACAGGAUGCAAGCGGAGAGUGUUGUUGGAUCAGACGAUAACCUCUACAAGGUGGAAUACCAUGACCACGACGAAACCCUCACUGUCCAACUCCUCGGACGAGAGGAUCUGACCAUUGAUGAUGCCGAGACAGCGCGGGACAAGUGGAGACAAUACAUUGAAUCAUUCGCGCUGGUUCACGCUACGGAAGGUCUUCCUCAUCGCGUGGACAAACCAUUCCUUCAAAGGAAUCUCACGGACAUUCCGGAAGAUAUCGCACCGAAUUCUUUUGACACACACUCUGGUCUAGAGAUCAAGAUCGCCUUGGGCAAUUACCGGAUGUUCUUCACGCCUGAAACCGAAGAUUUCUUCCACCGCAAGCGAAGUAUGAACGAGCUUGCUGAGCUGGAAAAGUCAAACGAGACUGCCACGGCCGCUGCUAAGGACCGGCUGGCGAAAUUCGUCAAUGACAAGAUCAAUCCUCCUGCCGAAGCUGCCCAGGCGAGCGGUAGAGAAGGUGAAGCUCAGGCGGUUGCCCUCGCUGGUACAGUGGAAGUCAAGGCGGAAGAGGGCAAAGAGCCAGGGAGUGCAGCGGUUUCUAGCUGAGACUCUUAAGUCUGUGCCUCCGAAGAGGGAUCGUUUGGUGAGGGAUCUGGGAGUCAACCAAUUGUUGUAUGUCGUGAUGCGUGGACUGUGCGUCAGUAGUAGAGUAGGGACCUCUCGAGUCGGCCUUCGUACAUGAUCAGAAUAUCGUAUAAAGUAAACUAAAAAUGUGUAAUGAGAGAUCAUAUCAGCCU